GCGUCCUUGGCUGUGGGACCGGAGGGGUCAUGAUGGACCUAAAGGAGAGUUGUGGCAGUGAGGGGAGCCAUGAGAGCUCCAGUCAGCACCCGUCCUCCUGGCAGGCCUUCUCCCACACCAGCACGCUCCACGGCCUGCGCUUCAUCUUCCCCUACGGCCGGCCAACACCUCGCCGCCUGCUCUGGGCCGCCGCUCUGCUGGCCUGCCUGGGCCUCCUGGCCCUGGAGAGUGCCGAGCGCCUGGCCUACUUCCUCUCCUACCCCCAUGUGACGAGCGUGGAUGCCGUGAUGUCGGGCAGCUUGUUGUUCCCUGCCGUCACCGUGUGCAACCUCAACGCCUACCGCUUCAGCCGCCUGUCCCGCAAUGACCUGUACCACGCUGGGGAGCUGCUGGCCCUGCUGGACGUCCACCUGAGGAUCCCUGAGCCCCAGCUGGCCGAGCCCCACGUCCUGGCCUUCCUCACAGACAAGGCCAACUUCACCGCCUACAGGCCCAAGUCCUUCAGCAUGCGUGAGUUCACCGAGAGGGUGGGCCACGACCUUAAGGAGAUGAUGCUCUACUGCCGAUACCAAGGCCAGGAGUGCAGCCACAAAGACUUCAAAAUCGUAAGUCUACUCAUAGUCUCCCUGUCUUUGCUCAGGUCUGGCACGGGUCAGAUCUGCUGCUACUGCAGCGCAGUUGAGUCUCUCACUCAGAAGGCUUUGUCUGUCAAGUGUUAA